UUCAUCAUUUGUGGCAUCAAUAAUGUGUCAUUUUCUUAUGAAUAUUCAAUAUACUUAGUUCAUUGUUGUUGGUCGGGGUGGAAAAUUAUGAAAUGUAGGUAAAAGAACCUAAACUUAGGCUUAAUGACGUUAGGAGUAAGCAAUUGGAGAGGAUAUUGGGUGAAGUUCUGUAAUUGGUGGUUUGAAUUACAUUUGUGUUCUUAGUUGAACAUGUUGGUUCUAAUGUUAUUUUGACCAGAUUAUUUCCCAAGAGAUGACGUAACUUGUAUGAAAUUUUGCUUGUGUUUUGUGUAAUCGGAAGUUAGGCUAUGCGUAUUUUGUGUCAAUUUGGGCAAUGUUUUGUGUAAGUGGAAUGCAUUGAUAUGUUGUGAUGCAGUAAUGACUGAUUAAUGAAUGAAUAAUUGCUAUGCAGUAAUAUAGAAGUGGAUCAAUAAUAUACGUAGAUAAAAUGUCUGGGGGCUCAGAGAGUGAUGAAUGUGCAACAGCUAAUGGGAGGGUUUAUAUUCCUGAAGUAAGAAAUGAGGAAACACCAGCAGUUGGGAUGAAGUUUGACUCGCUUGACCUCGUUUACAAUUUCUAUAAUAGAUAUGCAUUCUUGGCUGGCUUUGGUAUUCGACUUCAUUCUAGCUUUUGGGGGAAAAAUAAGAAAGAGAUUUUGAGGAAAGAAUUUGUAUGUUGCAAAUAAGGUGCAUACAGGAAGGAUGAAACUCGGGAGAGAAAAAGACAACGGGGAAUAAGUAGAUGCAAUUGCAAAGCAAAGAUUGUGGUUGUGAAGACAAAUGGGAGCAAGAAGUAUACCAUUUCUCUUUUUGCAGAGGGACACAAUCAUAAGAUGACACCCUCAGAAAGAAUGCAUUUAUUGAGAUCACACCGUCAUAUUUCAGAUUCUACAAAAGUACUCACAAAACAGUUGGGUUCAGUUAAUAUUCCCAUUCAUCAGAAGGUAAGUAUAUUCGAGGUGCAAUCCGGAGGAAUGGAUAAAAUCGGUUUUAUCAAAAAAGAUAUCUACAAUCUUGAAUGUAGUGUGAAUGGGAAGCUGAGGAACCACGAUGUUGAACUAGUGACCGAGUAUUUUAUGGCUGAACAGAAAAAAAAUGAGGCUUUUUAUUUCAAGAUUGAGGGAGAUGGGCAUGACAGGUUUAGUCGAUGUUUUUGGGCAGAUGCAACUUCUAGACGGGCGUAUGGGUUUUAUGGAGAUGUUGUUGUAUUCGAUACCACAUUCAACACGAAUCGAUACGACUUGACAUUUGCACCAAUGUUGGGAGUUAAUAACCAUGGUCAGACAAUUGUCUUAGCAUGCGCAUUUUUGAGCAAGGAAACGACUGAGUCGUUUGUUUGGAUGUUUGAGGAGUUUAAGAAAGCCAUGCCAGGUGGGGAACCUAAAACGAUCAUUACAGAUCAAGAUGCGGCAAUGGCCAUAGCGAUUUCAAUAGCCUUCCCGAGUACAUUUCAUCGACUUUGCAUAUGGCACAUCACAUCAAAGUUCUCUGUUAAGUUACCACGUGACGCUUAUAAGGAGUAUUGGCCUGAAUUUCAGAAAGCCAUAUGGGAUACUGACAAUAAGGAUGAGUUUGAUGCAAAAUGGAAUAUUGUGGUUACAAAGGCUGGUUUGACUGACCAUCCAUGGCUAAGUUCAAUGUUUGAUUUAAGGGAAUCUUGGGUUCCAGCCUACGCACGACAAUUUUUUGCUGCUGGAAUGUCAAGCAGCCAAAGAGCGGAAGGUUCUCAUGGUUUUUUCAAGCAAUACAUAUCAAGGAGAAAUUCGUUGAUGGAUUUCAUAAUACGAUUUGAGAGGGCACUUUCUCAUCAACGUGAAAAAGAGUUAGUUGCUGAUCACGUAGAUGCAUUUGAAGUGGCUCAAUGUCUUCUACCGAUGCCAAUGAACAAACAAAUGGCUACCUUGUACACAAGGACAAUGUUUCAAAAGUUUGAGCAAGAACUAAUACAAAGUACAGCAUGUUUCCUAGAGCUCAAAACAGAGGAUGCGUGUAAAGUUGUGUUCAACGUGAGCGAAAGGAAAAAUUGGGAAACAAGAGUGGCAGAAGUCGUAUAUGUCAAAGAUUCUGACCACGCAUCGUGUAGCUGCAAAAGAUUUGAAUUUGUUGGAAUUAUUUGCAAGCACAUCCUAGCAUUGUUCAGAAGGGACCAGAUUGAAUAUAUGCCCGAUAAAUAUAUUUUGAAGAGGUGGAAGAAAACUGCGAAAUGUGGAUUGGUGUCAGAUGCAAAUGGCAAUGAAAUUAAAGACUGUGCAGAUCCUGGCCUUCUAAUAAAGCGGAGUACAAUGUCUCGACUUGCUUCAGAUGUGGUUGAGGAUGCAUUAAUGAGUGAAGAAGGAUGUGAGCUACUGUCAGAGACUCUAAAAAGUUUGCAGGUGAAGUUGAAGUUGCUGAAGGAUGGACCAAGUAAUAACGAAGUUGGAGGGUCCAGCUCUCAAACACAAUAUAUGAAAGACCCUAAGAGAGUGAGGUGCAAAGGAAGGUCGAAAGGAAUAACGGGAGCAAAGGAAAAGGCAAUGAAGCGAGGGAUUAGACACUGUCGGGAGUGUGGACACAUUGGUCAUGAUAGAAGACAAUGCCCAGCCUUGAACACACCGACAUCACCGUCGAACAAUGACGAAUCAACUCCAAUACAUCGUAGUGACCCAUUAUUCGACGAUUUUGACAGGAUGCACAGACCAACUGAAUGAUUGAUAUUUGUAUUAGACGAAAUGUGGUUGUUAUGAAGAUUAAUGAUCAAGUGAAGUUUUAUAGAUUCAGUUUUUGAAUGUUAUUGUGUUUUUGUUCAUGUCCACCGAUGAGCUCUUACUAUGUCCACUGGUAAUUGAAAUGAAAAUUUGCUUGGUUUCAUUCUUCCAAGACAUUUGGAGACAUGUUAAUUUUACGUCUUCUCCCUAUUUAUAAAUUUUCAUAGACA